CCUCCCCCCAAGUCCUCGAUUUUCAACCUCCUCCUUCGUAUAACCAUGAAACCUCAGCUUCCUUAAACCAGGCUGCUCUCUCUCACGUGCGCUCUCGAGCUUUUUACUACUCAUCAGUCGUCAAUGGAGAUAGAUUUGGUGAGAGAAAAUUACAAUGACACCAAUGGCAAUGAGAAUGGAUCUCCCGAGCACGUGCAGUCUGUUUCUCCGGAAAAUUCUGAAAUAUGCGACGAAUUUGAAGAUUCAGAGGUUUCUCCUCGAGUUGGUGAAGAAUACCAAGCUGAUAUUCCUCCUUUAUUGUCGAAAUCGGAUGGAGACUGGCUUCAGAGUUACAAGGAGGCAGAAACUCAGGAUGGUGGCCUCCAUGAAUUCUUCGUUGGAUUGCCCGUACCGGUAAUGUGGAUCUCUAAGGAGGCUCAUUUGACACAACAUGAGCUGUUGAUUAAAAAAUGCAAUAGAAAUGAAGUCCCCAAAGCUGAAUCAAUCAAAGAUGCCCCGAUAGGCAAUGAUGCAAAACCGAACGUUGAGGCAAUUGAAAUGACAGCGAGUUUAGCUUUGCCAAAACAUACUGAGCUUGCAGCAGAUCAGAAGGAUAAUAUCAAUGGUCACUAUCUGGUUCCCGGGGUCUCGAGCGAGUUUUGGAGCAAUAUAGAAGAGGCCAGUUUUCUUCUUGGUUUGUACAUAUUUGGGAAAAACCUUGCUUUGGUGAAGAAAUUUGUUGGAACCAAACAGAUGGGGGAUAUUCUGGCGUUCUACUAUGGAAGGUUUUAUCGGUCUGAAAAAUACCGUCGAUGGUCUGAAUGCCGGAAAGCUCGAGGCAGGAAAUGCAUCUAUGGACAGAGAUUGUUUAAAGGUUGGAGACAGCAGGAAUUGGUUUCUCGGUUGCUUCUUCACGUAGCAGAGGAUUGCAAAAAUGCAUCAAUGGAGGUCUCAAAAGCAUUUGGAGAUGGCAAAAUGUCACUUGAAGAAUAUGUGUUUGCUUUAAAAGCUACGGUUGGAUUGGAAGUGUUUGUUGAGGCAGUGGGGAUCGGAAAAGGGAAGCAAGAUCUUACGGGCAUUGCAAUAGAUCCGUUGAAGUCGAAUCACGUUGCUUCAAUCCGCCCCGAGAUACCAAUUGGGAAAGCAUGUUCUGCCCUUACUCCCUUGGAAAUUGUCAACUAUCUAACAGGAGAUUUCAGGUUGAGCAAAGCCAGAUCAAGCGAUCUCUUCUGGGAAGCUGUUUGGCCCCGUUUGCUUGCUCGGGGAUGGCAUUCUGAGCAGCCAAGUAAUGGUUGUACUACUGGUACGAAGCAUUCAUUGGUCUUUCUUGUUCCGGGCAUCAAGAAGUUCUCGAGGAGGAAGCUGGUAAGGGGAAACCACUAUUUUGAUUCGGUCAGCGAUGUCCUUGGUAAAGUUGCUUCGGAUCCUGCACUGCUUGAACUUGACAACAAUGCUGAUAAAGGUUGUAAAAGCAUGGAAGAAAACGGGUGGACUGACGACUUGAAAAUGGACCAAGAGGAUUUUCCUUCUCAGCAACGCCAUUGUUAUCUCAAACCAAGAACUCCGGCCCACAACACUGAUAUCGUGAAGUUUACUGUCGUUGACACAAGUCUAGCAAAUGGGAGUGCGUCUAGCAUUCGAGAACUUAGAAGUUUACCAGUUGACUUACUCAGCAUUUCUUCGUUGAGAUGUUAUUCCGAAAAUUACGACGUGUAUUCUACAAAUGAGUCAAUGGAGGAAUCUGAUUCUGAAGAGAAUCGGCAUUUCGACAAGGCUGGGACUUCUGAUACUACUUCUCAAGCCUCGAGGAGAAAUAAGGAUCAAAAGAUCUACUUGAAUGGACAUUAUUUUCCAGCUGAUGCUUCAAAGCAAGUGCUUCCACUUAGUGAAUUAGAUUCUACUGAUUCACCUGCAGAAGUUUCCAAGGAAGACAGCUCCGUACCGUUCGAUGGCACACAAUCUCGAAACGGUAUCACACAUCGGUUUAGCCAAAAAGUGAGAUCGGACAACAAAAGGAAACUAACUAAUGUUACCAAAAAACGCAGGAGAUUGAAUGCUUUUAGUUCAAAGUCGACAAGUAAUAUUUCAGUAGCUUCCAAGCCGAAAGAGGAGGAUGUCUUCUGCUCUAAAGACGGUCCCGGUACUAGCAAGAACUUCCUACCUCGAGCGGAUCUGUCUCAGGAGAAGUCUUCUACUUCAUCUGGAGGCAGUCCAAUGACUAGCCUCGAUGGAAACCGGAACCCGAAGGAUAUCGACCUCAAUCAAUCUCGUGCCUUGAUAGACUUAAACUUGCCAGUUCCUCCCGAUGCUGAUGCCGAAACCGAUGAACCUGUUAUAAUGGAAAUGAGGGAAGGACAACCUGACCAAACAAUCAAGGAACAGGACGAUCCUAGUGUAGUUAAAACUUCAGAAGCUGCCCGGGAUGUGUCUGACCAGCAACUUCAUAUGAACUCGAGGAGAGUCAGUAGUCGAAACCGACCCCCUACAGCAAGAGCGCUGGAAGCAAGGGCGUUAGGAUUGUUGGAUGUUAAGCAGAAGCGCAAGUGUAAAGAUCCAUUUCUGGAAGAAAACUCGACGACAAGGCCGCCCCCACGACGUGUUCGGCCUAAGGUGAAACCUGCUGCAAACUUGGGAAUUAACAUUGAUAAAUUCAAGAUAGAAGAUAGAGCAGUUGUUAGCACAUGUAAUAGUAACAGUAACAGUAACAGUAACAGUAACAGUGAGGUGUUCUCUAAGGUUGAAAUUUAAUUCCUGAAAAAAUGGUUCAUAGCUUCUAAUUAUGCUUCAAAACAAGAGAUUACUUCUGAUAUAUAUAUAUUUAUAUAACAACUGUUGAUGCUGAAUAUAGUUU